ACCUACCAGAGGUUACGGUUUCUCCUCCUAGAUGGCUCCACCGCCUUUACAGGCACCUAACCCCCCCGCCUAAGCCCUAAUGCCCGUUGGUAACCAACAGGCUUAGACCUACUAUGACAUUCCCCCGGCACGAGUCCCUAACGAGAUGUGCCCUCCGACAAUCGUAGGCCACUUCAAAAAGGCCUGAAAUAAUGAAAACAACUACACAGGGGAAACAUAUGACAUCCUUAAAAACAAGUUUCGAUUCUUCCUGGACGUAUGCUACACGACAGGAAUUCGACAGAUACAAUUCCAUGCCGUAUUUUCCACUAUUCUUACCGGAAGAGCAGCAAUCUACUUCCUUCAUAAUGUACCCAGACACUAGUACUUCGCAGACAUGUACAUGGCCAUGGAACGACACUUCAACACGGAGCAAAACAAGAUACAGUACCACCAAAACUGGACAGCCAUUACUUUCUACAGCACGAAGGCUGAAGAGAAAAACAAGGGCAAGUCCGACAUGGAGGUACUACAAGUCAUGCUCGAUAAGUUGUCACUAUGUCAACGCGCUCUCGGACCCGAUUUUAGGGGAAAAUAGCAACUUAUCGCAGCUGUGCAUAGAACAUACCGCAGCGUACUACAACUAUAGCAUGCACUAUUCACUUCGUCGCACCACUUUGAGGAAUUGGCCAGUAAGUUCCGAGUAUUUAUCGGAAUGUUUGAGAAUUUCAAAGGGGCACGUUAGUUUAUGGCAAGUACCGAUAGCGAAGAUAGUGACGACGACGAGUAUGGUAUUGGUUAAUAUUAUGUUGAUCGUAAAUACUAUCGCAACGAUAAGGGCGGUAAAUAUAAUGCUUGCCAGAAGAUGUCAAAGCAUUGGAAACGCCGCUGCUGGGUAUGUAAGAAAGAAGAAUGCUGGUUAACCAAGCAUCCGGAGAAGGAACGCAAGGAGGCCAGAGCCCAAUGGAAGGCUAAGAGAGGCUAGGCGAAGGAAAACUAUGCAAUUUUCUUGGCCGGAUACGAAGGCAUUGAAGACUUUGACGUAGAAGAGUUCGAGGAGUUUGCUGGAAAAGAAGAAGAGCUAGAGAGUUAGUAUAUGACUGCGGCUUAUUUUUUAAAUAAAUCUUUUUAGUAUUGAUUUAAUCUAUAAAUGUUAAAUCUCGAAAAAUCUGCUGAUAAACCCGAUACCGAUACCAUAUUUGUCCUCGACCGAUACGCGAAGAACGUGUUUCAAGGCAUUAUGCUGGAUACGGGAGUAGCGCGAGUGUUAACCGCAGGUAAGGGUUAGUAUUAAGCCCUUGCUAACGAGAACUUAGAGUACUGUAACGACCUGGAUAUUAGCUGCGCCGGCGAAGCU